AGCACGCAUUGGCACUCACAUGGAGCGUUACAUAACGUUCGAGGUCCUUGAGCAGCUUUUCAAAACCCUAAUUUGAUUGCACGGCGCAUGCAAACCUAUGACGCCUGAGCUAGGGCGGGAGCAAGCAGGAGGCUGUUAGGUAAAUGUUGGAUGAUGCACAAGGCUGUGCAAGUUGCCAGGCGCUCCUUUUGCUGCUCCUUUGCUUCAUGCCUUGCUCCCUCUUUCAGGGGAGGCGCGGUCUUCUCUGUGGAUAGCCGGCGCUGCGAAAGAUUCACAUGCCAUGAGCGGAAAGCGGUGCGCCACCUGAGGACCGGUGGUACUUUGCUUAGACAGCUUCCGGGCUUAAACAUUGUCCAUUCAAAAGUUAUUCAUUUUCACAUCAAUCAAAGCCAACUCCCUUUUCCCAGAAUUGGGGGCAAGGUCCUGAGUCAGCACCGGAAAGUUUGUAGUGCCAUAGAUACUUCAAAGACAGCAGCAAUCUUGAUUGGGGCUGAAAUGGAACCCUCCAAUUUGGGAAUCACUCCCCAAUCUGACCUAAACACCACUCCAAUACUAAGUAGCCCACAACCAACUCGGCCGGCGUCAAACCUGGCUGAACCUCCAGUUACUCCAAACUCUCAAGAAGAAUCAGCUCCUAUAGCUGAAAGAGAACAAAUAUAUACACUCUUGACAUUGUCUGUGCCCCUAGACUUUGACCUAGAGAAGGCAGUGGUCAGCUAUGGCUUCUUCAUGGCUGCUCCGAACAGGUGGCUAUUCCCACCAGGGCAGGAGAGCGGCUGUCUGGAGAGGCCGCUGAGGCUGGCGGACGGGCGGGCCGUGUGGGUGCGAAUAGGCCCAAUGAAAGUCAAUGAGCCUGGAGUACUGUCAGUAGAAGUGGGAGUGGGGGAUAUGGGGAAAGGGGACAAAGACGUGAUUCAGGCCCAAGUGCGGCGCAUGCUGCGGCUGCUACCUGAGGACUCCGCCGCAGUGGCAGCCUUUCAGAACAUGCAUCCGGGUGCCAAAGCAGCGGGCUUUGGAAGGCUGUUUCGGUCGCCGACUUUGUGGGAGGACAUGGUCAAAACGCAGCUGUUGUGCAACUGCGGCUGGGGCCGCACGCUCAGCAUGAACCGGGCACUGUGCCAGCUGCAGGCAGAAAAGAACGGCCCCCCCCUCGGCUGCCCCCCUGAACUCUCCCACCUCGGCAACUUCCCCACCGCCGCCGAGCUCCAAGACUUUGACCCCAAGGCCCUCUCCAAGAAGUGCGGGUUAGGUUACCGCGCAACCCGCCUGGUUAGCUUCGCCAAGGGGGUGGCAACCGGGGUCUACGACCUGGGUCGGUUGGAAGGCCCCGGGCGUUUCGGAUCGGCGGCCGAGCGGCUGGCGGCCGUUCGAAAGAUGCCCGGGUUGGGGCCCUUCUCGGCGGCGAACGUGAUGCAGUGCUUGGGGGAGUUUGAGAAAGUGGCGGCGGACUCGGAGACGGCGCGGCAUCUGCGGGAGGUCCACCGAAAGGACGACUGUGACGCAAGCAACCUUGAGGAGAUCGUCGCCAAAGUUUACCUUCCUUACGCUCCCUACCAGUUUCUGGCGUACUGGUUCGAGAUUUGGCAAGAGUACGAGGCGCUGUUCGGACCGCUGAGCCGAAUGUCGCCGGACGAUUACGCGAACAUCACUGGACGGAAUAUGUCCAACAAGGACGACGGAAAGACAAAAAAGGUGCCCAAGAAGAGGGCUCCGAAAAAGACCACGACGAGAAAACGGGUUGCGGUGGAGGUUGAGACGGUUUCAGAAGCGGGGCUGAGUGAAGCCGUUAGCGAGGUGCUUACGGUGGAAGAAACGGAAACGUUGGUAACGGACCGGAACGGUGUUGGGGCGCCUGACACGCCCAUGAUCGUUGCGCGGAGGUCGAUGAGGAAGCGGGGGAAGGUGUGAACCCGGCUGCGAGCAGGGUUUCGGGGACCUUAGCGAAGGUCUCUUGGGACAAGUGUCAACCACGAAUCCUGUUUGUGAACUGCAGUUUCUGAGCGUACAUCGGAGCGGCAAUUUGUUGCGCUGCACUCGUGUG